GAAAAUACAUAAACUAUAAGUUCUUCCAACACAAGUGAUAUAAAUUCAAAAUUCCAAAAUGCUGCCUACAAACGUGAUGUCGUUUAUGAAGAAGAUGGUGGCCACAGACGAGGCAGCCCAUCAAACAACCGAGGGAAGUGGCACGACAUUCGGAAAACUUCGGCAGACCUUAUCGUCUUCCUUGCUCACGGCUCAGGACCGCGUGAAUAAAAUGUCUCCGCGGCCCUCACUGAUACCAGACGCGGAGUCUCCACCGCCAUCAGCAAUCCCAGAACCAGCGUCAGCGUCUGUUACGCCAACGACAACUGCCGCUGCGACUGCGAGUACACCGACAACGGCGGCGGCUGCAACCCCCGCAACGAAGACAGAGCCGGGAAAGCCGCCAAGCAGAGCAGGCGCAUGCAGAGUAUGUUUGAAAAGCUUUAAGCCGGACGAUUUCAGCAAGACGUGUUCGGACUGCCAACAAAGAGUUUGUGAAGAUUGCGCAAGUUAUAGCAAACAAGACGAAAGCGAUGAUCAGAGUACAUGGCGAUGCAGUGUGUGUCGUCGAAAAAUAGCAUCGCGUGCAUGUGCCAUUCCCCAGGAUUCUACAGACUCAUUGUUAGAUGUACCUGUCUUGGAAGGACUCCAACGUAGACACAGCGACGUAAAACUCGGUCCAAGUACCGGCAUGGGGCUUGGAGUCCCAGGAGGUGGCGGUUUAGCUCCGCCGAGGUCGCCGGAACUUCGUAGGCAUUCUGAUGUAUCACCUGCCUCCUUGAAGGAACUAGAAAAGGAACUGUCCGGAAUGCGAAGUGGGGCAUGUAGUCGUUCGAAUUCACCGCCUAGACGCGGCGAGGAGUUUAUGGCUAAUAUACCGUCAAUCCAACGAACUCCCGCUUCUCGUAGACAAUCAGUGCGAAUAACGAAGCAGCACAGUUACGAUGAGGAACUUAAAAGCGCUGGAGGUGCAGGAGGACAGACGGCUGGCGGUUUGCCGGGUGGACGAGAUAGUGAAGGAGGCACAGGACUUGGAUUGCCUGCGCCCAUACCUAGAAGAGCAUCCGCUUAUGAUGUGUAUGCACCGGGAGUUAUGCAGACAGCUCAGCGUGCAGCCGCACCUGAAGAAAGGGGCCCCUCACCUGUCGGCCCACGACGAGCUUCUUUCCGGGUAGCUCCCGACGAUACGCCCGGUCCUCAGAAAGAUUCUUCGCCAAGUCCCGAUGGAGGCAUGGCGCCCUCAUUAUUUGUUGAUGAAGACAGACGCACACGGAGGAGGGGCAGUCAACUGCCUGACAUUGCUGCGUUGCGAGAUCGCGGUGCUUUGCCGCCGCCUACGCCAUGGUCGGCGUCUGCGCUGGAAGAUAUGGAAGCCCCUCGACGGCAAGCGUCCGUUGACGGUGAAGCUAUCAAGAUUGUGAUCCAUGACGUUGAUUCGGGGCCGACAAUUCCGGUUGCGGCAGCCGCCAAACGGAGAGUUGUCUUAAGGCGAGACCCAGCGGACAAAACACAUCGUACGAGAGGCUUUGGAAUGCGCGUGGUUGGUGGAAAAACAGGAGUUGAUGGGAGACUUUUUGCGUACAUCGUAUGGACUGUUCCUGGAGGACCAGCGGACAAAGGAGGUUUGCAACAAGGAGACAAGGUGCUCGAAUGGGGUGGAGUGUCACUUUCUGAUCGAACGUUUGAAGAAGUAUGUGCGGUAAUGGAUCGUACAGGCGACGUGGCGGAACUGCUCGUAGAGCAUGCGACUGAUUUUUGCAUGCGCGAUUUGCUGGAGGAUGCGCCUGGGCCAAGGAAAGGUCAGCAGCAACCCCAAACAACCGGCGCGCCGGAAGGUGCUGGCGGUUUAGUAAUAGAGAGCGAAACUGAAGGAAAAUCUCCUACUUCACCUACAAGGCGGAAACUACCAAAAACACCGGAGCAAAUAGCAAGGGAAAAACAAGUAUCUGGCCGUGCCCAAUUGCAAGUAUGGUACCAUGAAGAAAGACGAGAGCUGGUAGUUUCAAUGAUGGCUGCAGACGACUUGGCGGUCCGAGACGACACCUUGGGUCAUGGUUCGUUACCGGAGGCAUAUGCUAAGCUACGCAUAAUGCCAGCUACUGGCGACGGUCAUGUGGCCCAAACCGAAGUUGCACCUGCAAGCCAAAAUCCAAUUUGGAAUGCAACUUUGAGUUUCACUGGAAUCCCAGGAGAAGAACUAAUGGAUCGAAGUAUAGAAGUUACUUUAUAUGAUCUGUGUCCACAGGUGGACCCGAUAUUUCUCGGAGAAUGUACAGUAGAUUUACAGAAAGCUUUCUUAGACGAUCGAGCUGUAUGGUAUAGAUUGGAAGACCCGCGUGGUUUACGCGGUGGACCAUUUAUCAGAAACGGCCAUUCAACGUCUCCGAGGCCAUCUCUUGUAGGCGGCCAAUUGAUGGGUGCCCAACGUCCUCCUAUGUUUGCUGGACAACGUUCACUAGAUAGUGAUGGUGAUAGCAUUGGUGACGGCUUGUCUUUAUUGCAUCCUGAUCACGCUUGGGUCGCAGGCUCACGGCGAGGAUCUUCUCAAUCAGAGACGCUCGAAGUGGAGGUCUAUCAAUUAAACAAGGACUUUUCUAGAUCUUUGCCAGGAUCACGAAGGUCCUCAUUCCAAUCACAACAAGAAAAAGAGGCGGCAGCCGCAGGCGGUUCACAUUCAGCCGAACCGUCUGAACCAGCUUCUCCCGCUACCUAUUGCAGAGAUCGCAGAAGAUCAUCAUGUGCCAGAGUUUUAAGAGAUCCCGAUGAAAUAUUACGAUCUCUAAAAGCUGUAAAAGGGGAAUUGGGUAGAACUAUGAGUUUCUCUGCUAAUAAAAGGGCCUCUCGCAGAUCAAGUCGGGCAAGAAAAGAGAGUGUGAUAGACAUAAAAGAACGCGUACAAUCUCCUACUAGCGAUGAUGAAAAUUCUUCGGGUAGGGUACCUGCACAACUGGGACCAGGGCAAGUUCAACCCAAAACAGGACGUGUAUGCUAUGCCAAAUACGGUGAAUUAAAAUUGGGUCUCUUGAUGACAAAGGGAAUUUUGGAAGUUGAGGUUAUUGGCGCGAGAAAUAUAACUUCUGACGAUAACGAACCUCCAGACACCUACGUAAAAUGUUACUUAAGGGAUGGAGAGCGUUGGCUACAGAAACGAAAAACGAGAGUCGCUCGUCAUUCCUUUGAGCCAAUCUAUAAGCAAAUUCUGCGAUAUCAGGCCUGUGACGUGAUCGGGCGUACCUUAGUAGUCAUGGUUUGGCAGAAAUCAAGUGGAUUUGAUCACAAUCAAGGUCUGGGAGGCGCUGAAUUAUGUCUGGAUACACUCGAAUUGACACAGCAUACAGCAUCAUGGUAUCCUCUAUUUCCAAUUCAUUCAUUAGGUUCUGACUCAAAUGAUUCUCCAUGA